CGUCCCCUCGAUAUAUAACAGAUUAACAGGGCGCCCUCGCCCUCUUUCUCGGAAAAAAUAUCGAUCUUCUUUCCGCCGUGCCGCCGUGACCCCAGCUUCGUCAAUACUCCUCCAAUCUAAGCGACUGCUCGUCGCGGCUGUCCUCCAGUGGAUUCGCUUGAACAUCUUGCUAAAUUAGUAAUGCUGAUUGGAGCAGCAGAAAUUGGUGGGAUGAUGGAUAGCAGCAAGAGAAAAGGUGUCAUGCCAUCCUGUGGCGAUGCUGCCAAGAUUACAGCAGAGGUGUUCCCAAGCAACAAGAGGAAGAAGGCCGUUGUAUCUCUCUGUACACUGUUGCUUCCUGAUGCCAUGAUGUUGGAGGUGCUACUUCGGCUCCCUAUCAAAUCCAUUCUCCGCUUCCGGGCUGUCUGCCGCUCUUGGGCUGCACUCUUCUCCUCCAAGGAUUUCUGCAGCCUACGCAUGGCCAUCUCUAAGGAGCUGCCACAAGCACCAAAGCUACUCAUGCUUGUCUCGCCCACAACAGGACUGAACUCCACCGCAAUGUACUCAUGCUCGCCGUCAGGCUCCAGAGACGAUUUACUCUUCACCGUCGACACCGCACGCCGCAAUUCCAUGGGAAUAGUGACGCCCUCUCCAUGCCAUGGACUCACCCUUCUAUAUGAUGAUGCCGCGCCAGCUUACUAUGUUUGCAAUGCAGCCACACGGGCAAUCACACGUCUGCCGCCUCACUGUACUCCACCAACAUAUCGUUCCACUGCCGGACUUGGAUUUGAUGCCCGGACUAGGGAGUACAAGGUGGUGAGGUUGAUCACUGGGCGUUGCGGUGACAAGGAGAGGAACAAGUGUGAAGUGUACACGCCUGGAGCUGCUUGCUGGAGGCCGGCGGCCGGUGGAGGAGUGCCUUUCAGGUUGUACAGGUAUGCAAUUUCUGCAGCUAUACAUGGGGCGACGCAGAAAGUACCACCGGUGUUUGCCAACGGAUUACUACACUGGUUCAUCGGUCCUUCCCUUAUCGCCACAAGGACAAGAGCUCCCAUCUUAACAUUUUCCUUGACGGACGAGACCUUCGGAUGUGUCCGAUCACCCCCACCCUUCUGGACAUCAGAAGUGCACCUGCACUACGGGUCAGAAAAAGAACACCUGGUUGUGAUGGAUGACCACCUGUGCAUGGUCCGUGACCUUCGCAAUACAAUCCCUCGUGAUGGCACUUUGGAGAUCUGGAAACUGCUGGAUUAUAGCCCUGGUGAAUGGUCACUCUAUCAUCGAAUUCAUUUGUUCGGCCACGUGGGAAUAUAUUUGCUUGAUGUGAUGGCUGUGAGGGUUGUUGGACUCAUUGGCGGCUGUAGGUCAGGGAAGAAGAUAGCCAUUGCUUCUAGCAAAGACAAGUUCGCCGGCCAGUUUGAGCAGAAGCUUCACACCUAUGACCCUAGGUGUCAAGCUCUAGAGACCAUCCUCUCCAUCACCGAGACACAAACACAUACCAGGCCUGCUUCAACAUUCAGUUUAUUUGAUGAAGAGAGCCUUGUUCAAGUGCAUAGUAAACCAAUGGAUAGCUAGCCAUGCCAUCUACCAUGGCUAAUGCCACCAAAUCAGACAUGGUUUAAAUUUUUGUGCAACUAGCUAGCUGCUCAGAUUGAUUUUGACUGGAUACUUUAUUCUGUCAUGCAUUAAACAGUACUAGAAUAUGGUGAAUAUACCAAAGGUCACUGUUGUGGAUAUCUUCUAUCAUCCGAAGUACUUCAAAUCUCGUCGAUAUUAUUCCUGGCACACGCAUUGUGGCGGUUCUAGCUUUGAAGUUGGUUAAUGUUAUACCUGGGGUAAGAGAAGCUCAGCCAAAGUGCUAUCUUGAGGCGAUGAAUUUCUUUUUGGUUGUUCAUGCUCCAUUCAUUUGAAAAGAGUAUUAGUUUGGUAACACGACACACAAUGAUGUAUGGGAAAUUAGUUUGUAAAGAGUAGUAGUUUGAAAAGAGCUAAAUUCUUGUUGUAUUAGGUCUGUAACAUUUAAGCUCAGAAAUUAUCAGUUUAAUAGAUAUAUGACGAGGAUAAAAAUGUUGAAUGCAUUGAUAAAUGAAAUUUCUCAGCCACAGUUUUGUUGA